ACCAACUGCUGGAUAAAAACACUUAAAGAGAAAGCAAAGGGAGAGAUGUGCCUUUAUUUAAAAGUGUCUGAUUUAGAGUUUAGAGUUAUUUUAUCUUUUUUUAAAAACUGAUGGAGCCUGUUGCAUUUCAUACUCCUCAUCGGGCCUCCAGAUGCAAACUGACACUCAAAAUGGUGAUUUUCCUGUUUGGUUUCCUAUUUUUAUGAAUGAAGGCAGAGGUCGUGAGCUUUUGGCAUAUUCUGGUCUCAACCACCAGGGGGUAGAGCAACAUGCAGGAAGAACAACCUCUAAUCUCUCUCCCUGCUCGCUUUGCUGUGCGCCUCUCUCUCACAACAUAAAGGCGACGUUCAGGGCUAAAAACCUGCAAUUCAUGGCAUGGAGGAGUCAGCGGGGAGCUGCAGCCCUCUGAUCUGUGUCUGGUUAGGUGGACGAGCAGCAGAUCAUGGUCUGAACCCAGUUAUCAUCGAGCCGAAGCAAAGCCUCGUCUAGCUGCUCGAGUGCUGCUGUCCUCUCUCUCUUUUUUUUUUCCUUCCCUUUCUUCAUUUUCUUGUGCUCGGUGAAAUCUGACACAACAUCAGCGGGUUUUCCCUGUAGUUUGGAUGGCAGAUUCAGGCUAAUUGGCCUGCGUGUUUCGCAGUCAAACAAUAUCAAGAGAAAAGAAACAUUGAGCUCAGACUGCAGCGUUUCAGAUGCCUUCAACUUUGAGCGAGAGGGACAACCCCUAAACCCCGUUUUUUACACGAGGGACAGACGCGCAGACAUCUCCGCUUCAUUUCAUUCUCCACUUUAUGAAAAGGACGCGUCUCGGUAAAAAGGUGAGCAGAGAACUGACGGGGACCAUGGCAGCUACUUUAUCGGCGGAGGAAGAACAGGCUACCAGGCAGUUUCUGGAGGAAAUCAACAAGUGGACCAGUCAGCAUGGAGUGUCGCCGCUGUCCAGGGAACUGGCUGUCAAGUUCCUUAUGGCUCGCAAGUUUGACGUCCUCCGAGCCAUCGAGCUGUUCCACAGCUACAGGGAAACGCGCCUUAAAGAAGGAAUCGUCAGACUUCAGCCACAGGAGGAACCUCUGCGCUCUGAGCUGCUGAGUGGAAAGUUCACUGUGUUGAGUGUACGGGACCCUUCAGGGGCCUCCAUUGCCUUGUACACGGCCAAACUUCAUCACCCCAACAAGACAGGCAACCAUGUAGUGCUUCAGGCCCUAUUCUACCUCCUGGAUCGGGCUGUGGAGAGCUUUGAGACCCAGAGGAAUGGUUUGGUGUUCAUCUACGACAUGGCAGGCUCCAACUACACAAACUUUGAGCUUGACCUGAGCAAGAAGAUCCUCAACUUGCUUAAGGGGGCGUUCCCUGCCAGGCUGAAGAAGGUGUUGAUUGUCGGGGCCCCUGUUUGGUUUCGAGUGCCCUACAACCUGCUCAGUCUGCUUCUCAAGGAGAAACUUAGGGAGAGGGUUCAGAUGGUAAAAAUGGUCGAGCUGCGCCAACACCUCCCCAGAGACUGUCUCCCUCAGCACCUUGGCGGCCUGCUACCUCUGGAUGCUUACAGCUGGAACCAGCAGCUACUGGCGGGCCAGAACGGCAGGGUGGAUCCAGUGGACGAGCUGGUGGGAAUACCCGUGGAAGAUACUUCCAUUCACGUCCCGGGACCUGAGUCCAUGCGCCCGCAGGAGCUGCUGACACACCUCGGCAGGCUCCAGCGUUCAGGCAUCCAUCAGGAGUAUGAGGAGCUCCGAAAAGAACCUCCACCUGGAACCUUCCACUGUGCACAAGCAGCCUACAAUCAGGAGAGGAAUCGCUAUGGAGAUGUGCUGUGCCUUGAUCAAACAAGAGUUCGUUUGAAAUCCAGAAGGAAUGAGAGAUCAGACUACAUCAAUGCGAGCUUCAUGGAUGGCUACAAACAGAAGAAUGCAUACAUUGGUACUCAAGGACCACUGGAAAAGACCUAUGGUGAUUUCUGGAGAAUGGUUUGGGAACAAAACGUGCUUGUUAUCGUCAUGACAACCAGGACAGAUGAGGGCAGUCGGAGGAAGUGUGGACAGUAUUGGCCUUUGGAGGAAGGGGGACAGGAGGUCUAUGGCCAUAUGGCAGUGGUGAACCAAAGGGUGGACCACCACACCCAUUACAACCACACCACGCUUGAACUGCACAACACUGAGACAUGUGAACAGAGACAAGUGAGUCAUUUCCAGUACCUCAGCUGGCCUGACUACGGUGUUCCCACCUCAGCAGUGACUCUCAUUGACUUCCUGGGAGCUGUGAAGAGACAGCAGAGGAAAAUGGUGAAGGCUUUGGGACUUCAGUGGUCAGGACACCCACAGGGACCCCCAAUGGUGGUCCACUGUAGUGCAGGGAUUGGGAGAACAGGUACCUUCUGUGCCCUGGACAUCUGUCUGUCCCAGCUACAGGACGUUGGCUCACUAAAUGUAUGCCAGACGGUGCGGCGCAUGAGAACACAGAGGGCCUUCAGCAUUCAAACCCCAGACCAGUACUACUUCUGCUACAAUGCCAUUUUGGAGCAUGCCCAAAGGCAGGGUCUGCUCCCAGCCAAUCAGUGAGCUUCAUUCCUGACUUCCCAAACCAAUCCAUGAGCCCUGAGAUUUCUGCAGUCAACCUGUUAACCCCAAGCCGUGUUGUGUGACCAAUUAGUGAGCCCAGGAAAGAAACUUCCUUACAGUGGCUGUCUUUUGAAACUAGGCCAUUCUUCAUUGGCACGCCAGACCAAGACAAGGCAGUGACAAGAAAGGCUUGAGUGUUGACUUUGCGAAGUUUCAAUGUGAUAGCAUUUUGGCCGCCAACAUUGUGACAUUUUGUUUUUGCUGAACAUAUCUCCAGAAAAUAGGUGGUAGAGUGAACAAAGUGCUCCAGUGUUGUGCAGUUUUGUGGUCUAUGGUCAGGCACAUUAGGUGAAGUGAUCGAGGUAAUGUUCAAUAACUUUGUUUUAUUUUCCACUUUAAACCAAUGGUUUAGGGACCAUAAGAGAGUAGUUCAUCCCCCCAAAAAAUCAUCUACUCAUCAUAUGUCAGUUGAAACUCCAUUGAAGGUAAUGGCAGCAAAAUAUUGAAUUGAACUUUUACCUGCAUUUCAGUCGAAUUCUCAUUAAUUUAACAUGGUCUAAAUGCUCCAAAAAGUCACUUUACCUUUCUCUUAAUAUCUGCUGUAGAGUAAUCCAAAUGGUUAGUGGCUUAAUGACUGCCCCACAUGAGUUAUGACAUGAGCUAAACUAACUUCAGAUGUUUUCAAAAGUAUUGAAAUGAGCUCAGAUGGAACUGUGGUGCCAAACUUGCUGCAAUAAAUUCUAUUUAUUGGAGUUUCAACUGACAUGGAGGGGUGAAAUAUUCCUUUUUAAAUAAGUGCACCAUUUUUAUUCCAGAUAAGAAGUGUGAUCACCACUGUGAUAGGAUUGUUUUUACACCUACUGUGUCCAGUAAGUAUUCAGUACACUGCAGUUCAUUCUUAGCACAAGGUGUAUGUCAAGUAGAUGGUACGAGCUAGUUUUGCAUCAUCUCAGGAGUGUCCUACUGAACACGAGGAGGUGAAACUGCUACUUGACUUAUUUAGUUGCAAAGAAGUUCUUUGAGCUCGCAUGAUGCAUUGUCCUCUGCCUCAGUAAAUACCACUGAAUGGCGGUAAGGAGAGGUAAAGCACAUCCCAAAUGAUCAGGCUAUAAACUCCCAAAUGGCCAAUACAUCUCCUCUGUGAUCACUCAUCAAAUCACUUUCCAUGUGAAUUCUUUUGUUUUAUUUUUCCACAUGUAUCCACUGAAACCCAGGCCUUACAUCUCACCUAAUAUUGAGAUUUCCUGACCUGCAGUACAGACUGUGACUAGUGUCUGCGUCCGCCUUUGCUCACUAGCAGUGCCAUCAUGCUUUAGUGAUUGUGCGAAUGUAUUGCUAAGCCCCCACCCACACACAUGUGCACACACCUGUUUAGAGCAGUCCUUGCUGCAGUGACUAUGCCAUUGAAGCGUACAUCUGUGUAAGUCAUCAGUUAAGACCUCAUAAGUAGUGCAAUACUUCUUUUUUUUUUUUUUUUUUUUUACACAAAUCAUGUUAUAGCACUUUUAAAUAACUAUUCCCAAUGUGCUGAGAUUAGUCCUUAUGGCGUUAGGUUGGGAUGACAAAUAAAACUUAAUAGUAAUUCUGUAGGUCUACAUGUGAUGCUGGGAUAACUUGAUUGUUAUUGUUAAAUUUAGUAAUGCUUGAAUAUAAAACAUUUAGUGACAUUUGACUUACUGUAAACUUCUGCAUAGAGCUUUAUUGGACAAAUCAAGAGGAUUUUACAGGGAAACCAGAAAUUCAUGAUAGAAUAGCAGAAAUAGCUGAUGGAGCAUGCACAAAUCUGUGCCUACACCCUAUAAAGUCCUUCUUGGGCACGUGAGAGUCAGAAAUUAUGUCUGAAGUAUAUUUUCAAUAUUAUUGUGUUACUUUUAAGUUCUACAGACUGUGGUUGUAAUCAGUGCUUUCAUCUGGUCCCAGUAUCUUGCCAUUAUUAUAGAGUACAUGUACAAAAUCUGAGUGUCUGUCUGUCAUACUUUGCAUUAUGUUAUUGCCGGGUGAAAAAAAAAAUUUGUUCUUUGCUACAGAAUUCAUAUUGAAUUUGCUUGUAGUGAAGCAUUUUUUAAGUCUGCCAUCCUCAUGCACUCUGAUUUUAGAAUUGUUUUUCCUUUCAAUGAUGGACGCAGAAUGUGCCCUAUUUUAUUUUUCUAUGGUAUUCAACAACUGUUUUCAUACGAUUGCCCAGGAUAUACAGUUAUCUACAUUAAUUUUAUAUUUGUUCUGUUAUAACCUAUUACUGUAUCAUUUGUAUGACUAUUGAAUCAAGCUAUACUGUAUUAAAUACAAACUAUGUCAACGUG